GAGGCACAGAGGGGGGCACACUGACGACAAACUGUGAGUAUGGCCGAGGGUGGGAACCCUAUAAGAAGUGGUGGUGCCGUGGGAAGAACUGGAAUUCCUGCAGAAUCCUUGUAAAAACCACCGGGUCAGAGCAACUGGUGAAGAAGGGCAGAGCGACCAUCCAGGACUAUCACAACCAACGCACAAUCACCAUGACUUUGGAGGGGCUCCGGCUGGAUGACACAGACACAUACUGGUGUGGAAUUGAGAGAAUCGGCGAAGACUUGGGGUACAAAUUUUCCGUGAUUGUCGACCCAGCACCAGAUCCAACAGAUUUUCCCAAACCUGUGACAAGACCCACAACAGCCAGUUGGGAUUCCACAUUUCCAUUUACCCUGGGCAUCAACAGCACCCAGCCCGUGACUCUGAUCAACCCCGACAGCAGGUCUGGGACCCUGGCCUCCACGGUAGCAGCCAAGAAGCCUCCUGUGUGGAUCCUCCUGAUGCCUCUUUUCUUUGUGAUCCUGGAGUGGCUCUGCCAAGGAUAAUGGACUGUUACAGCAUUCAGUACUCUGGCCAAUGUGGGUUUUAAGAUCCAGACCAUCCGGUAACUAUAAAGUCGGAAUUAAACCAAAAAGCUUCCGAGUGUUCCACAUGGUCAAAGACCCACGAUGGGCCAGGUGUACAGAGGUCUGCUGAUUCCACCUCCUCCUGGAGUAAGAAUCGCCUGAACGUAAG